CCAUGACACUUCCGGUUCUGUUCUCUAGCGGGACGCCUGGUGGGUGGAGCUACCGGUCCCUGGCUCGCUGACAUGGAGUCCGCCUGGUUUUCCCCAGGGGGCAGCCUGGCAUCUACAGACCCGCAGCUUCAGCGUUUCAUGGAGGUGGAGGCGCAGAAGCAGCGGGUGCAGCUGCUCAUUCACCACAUGACGGAGCUCUGCUGGGAGAAGUGCAUAGACAAGCCCGGGCCCAAGCUGGACGGCCGGGCCGAGCUCUGCUUGGAGAACUGUGUCGAGCGCUUCAUCGAUACGAGCCAGUUCAUCCUGAAUCGACUGGAGCAGACCCAGAAGGCUAGGCCAUUCUUCUCAGAAAGACUUUCCGACUGAUCUCAGCGUGUCCCUCUUUGGAAGAGGAAGAUCCCCGUUCCUUAGGGCUCUGGAUGCCGUCUGUUGCGAGACUGAUGAGAAAAUCCUGAAAUUAUCUGUGCCUGAAGGAAGUGAGCAAAGCACAUGGAGAGGCUGGAGUCAGGAGGCACCGAUCUCUGUCUUUACAAGAGCCUCUUCCUUGGAGGCUGAGACAUGACUCAGCAGUGCAGAGACUUGUUACUCUUGCAAAGAGCCAGUGCCCAUCUGAUGGCUCUCAACCUUUUACAACGCUAGUUCUGGUGGACUCCGCACCCUUUCCUGACCUCUGGGGCAUCCUAGACACAUGGCACACUUACAUUCAAAUAACGAUCUGGAAAGAUGACUCAGAGACGAAGACUACUGCUUGCUCUUCCAGAGGACCUGCAUUAAUUAACCAGCAACCAUAUGGUGGCUCACUGCAUCUAUAACUCCAGUUCCAGGGGAUCCAACGUGGUCCCCUCCUCUGACACUUACAGGCACUGCACACACUUGGUAAACAGACAUGCAUGCAGGUAAAACACCCAUACACACAAAAUAAAAAUAAAGGUCAAAUGUCUGUACAUAUAAAAUAAAUAUUUAAAAGAAAGGAACCUGUUCUUUGUAACUGAUCAGCUUUGGGUAGGACUGACACACGGGACUCCAUUUUUCCUCCCUCCUUUCUCCCUCCAUCUCUACUUCCAUCCCUCCCUCCCUUCCUUCCUUUGUUCCCUCCUUUCUUCCUUCCCGUGUGUGCUUGUCUUGUUUGACAACUUCAUCUCAGAACAGUCUUCUCUGAAGACAUUGCUAAUCAACCAUCCUGUGCUUUAGUCUUGGUUACGUGGUGCCAGGGUGAGUUUGUCCAGGCGUGAUCUGGUCAUGUGUUGGGGAGGGAGUGGCCCGCGGUUAGGCUUAGGUUAGAAGGAGGGCUGGCUUGUUAGGCUGUGCCCACCUGGAGUCCAUUUUUAUGUUGAAUUUUGCUUCUCUUAUGCUUUAUUUACAUCCCAGCCUCUUAAUACAGUAGCAGGUGGCUUUGUUAUAAGAUAUACUCCUUAAUAGGCAAUAGUUGCAAACUUUUAUUCCUAUUAGCACCUUCCAUUUUGUUCUCUACUUUUUGUUCCUAUAAUCUGUUGAUUUUUUACUCUCUGUGUGUAUGUGCAUGAAUGAAUGUAGAAACAGACCUAAUAAAUUUAAACUUGUUUGAA